AUGUUGACCUCGACGAAUCCCGCCGUCACGGCCUACAAAGUCUUCCACCUCUCCCAGAUCAAACUCGACAAAGAGUGUCGUCGACCGACCCCCGACCUCCACCGCAUUGUCGCCCAUGCCGCCAUCGUCGACAACAUCCGUCGCUGGUCGCGAGAAGUCGCCGAGCCCUCCGAAACAGUCCUCGUGGACUCCGAGUCAGAUACAGAUUCCGACCCCUUCGAAGAUCCCAUCGAGGAUGAGGACGAAGACGCUGUCAGGUUAGGCGAAGUGGCCAUCUACGACGACGAUGACGACGAGACGGAUUACCAAUACCAUCAAUCUGAGAGUGAUACCGAUCAUGUUCACGACAUCCAACUCGACCCUCUUCAAGACUCUGAAGACCAUGAGUCCAAGUCCACGAUUCCCAGUCCCAACCGCCGACCGCCUCCUCCACCAACCGCUUCGCUGUACAAAUACAAGAGCCAGAGCUGGCGCCAAACGCGACCGAUCUUGGUCAAGGAGACUGCUGUCGAGGUCGACGAAGAUGAUUGA